GUUCUCCAGCAAGCAAUACCGUACUAUUUCAAAACCGGGUUCUCUGAGAAAGGUAAUAUCGCGUCGCCAAAUCCAUUGUUGCGUGUUGCUUUGUAAAAUCUCGAUCUUACCUGUGAAUGUCUCACUGGACAGAUUUCAAACAACUGCGAUUAAACACAGUUUACAUACCCGCUUUCUUUUACUAAGCCGUAGGCUACGAAGGCAGAAUUGUCCGUUCGACGGAUUUACUCCAGCUUCGUCUUCUUCUCUUGCUCUCUGAGUAGGCUCGAGAUUCGAAAUGGUAAAAAUCAGAUGGCCUCCUGUCCUGGGACUAGUUAUACUUCUCUCGAUGGCUAGAUACUAACCACUGCUUCGCUGUCACACCAACUGCCACCGAUAUACAGUAUUGGUAAUCUCAUUUCCCGCAUGAAUAUGAAAUUUCGGCCAGCAGACCGCAGCAGAAAUCGGCACCUUCCUGAGUCAUCUUCAUCCAAUAUACCCCAAAUGGCGUCAACUCCCACGAGGACUGUGACCAAGACGCUGACCGAACAAGGGGUCAACAAUAACGACCUCCUGAUUCGGAGCUGCUUGCGACUCACAGCUUCGCUAGAUGUUGAUCAAGCCUCGCGCCCCGACCUAUCCCGUACAUUAGAACAAGGUGGAAAUGCGGACAAGCUUCUGCCCCACCACGUGCCGUUAGACGCCGCCAUUUCGAACUUGCUCGGCGUCAGCACCACGUUCGCGGUUAGUCUAGCAAGCCCCAAAGCCAUUGGACAACACCAUCAAUUGGGCGAGGCUUUUGCGGAAGUUUCUAGAGCAUUCGCCAGAUGCCAGGCAUCAGGAACUAGACACCAACCCCCAGCGCAUCGACUGUCAGCGCGGGGCGCUCAGGCAACGACGAUAGGACGAGCUAGUCCGGAGGUAUAACGUUAUUGUUAUACUACCUCCCUGUGGAUGUUGUAGGUGAGCCCAUUCGGCAUCGCUCCAUCUUCAUGUGCUAUGCGGCUAGCAGGGGCCCGGUUGCUGUGAUAAACUUGGGCGCCCAAGAUACUAGUCAUCUGCCUUAUGGGCUCUAGUGUCCCCGGCGGUUCUGAUAAUCAAUUGCAAAAAGGUUUGUCAUGCCACUUACGAAGUAGUCUAUUGCAUGAAUUCCCUGAAGCAGAUCGACUCAUGGGCGGGCGUUUGCUGAAGGAU